AAAAAUCUCCGUCGCCGACAUCGAUGACCUUGUCAAGGCUUCUUUUCCAUCUCCGGAUAUAAUCCUAAUUCAUCCUACACGACCUGUGAUGUUUCCCCCGUGGUCCCUGGUCCCUCGCCCUUUGGAGCUAGACGGAUUCCCGGCAUGGCAUAUGGACCUGUCGGAAUUACACUAUGAGCCUUCCAGAGCUCGGUUCUCAAUACCCCGCAUAUGGCACGGAGAAUGGACACAGCCAGGUAUCGCAGUGGAGGAGAGCGAACUCUCCAGAAUGCUGGAGAGCUACGGGAAUGCGGAGUCCCGGAAAGGCCGCUGAGGACGGAGUGGAGGACAUGCACACGGACGGGUCAGAUCGUCCAAGAAGCUUAGUAUCCUAGGAAUGUGAGGGCUCCGCAACGUCCCCAAGGUAUGGGUAAACCACAGCUCCUCUACAUCUACGUCUCAAGAAGUUGCGUCAAUAAGUCGUGGAUUCUACCGAUAUCUAGUAAGCUACUACACAUUACUCGACACAUCUCAAU